AAAAAUCUUGGGGUUGAAAAGUCCUGCUCCCUUUUGAUACUAGCCGAGGAGUUCCGAUUGAUAAUUUGUGGCAGGUUGACUUCCGGGUUAUAACGAAGUAUAAUAACAGCGAUAAAUAUGGACUAAUUAUCGUUCCAGAAGAUGACAAUGAUGAUGAUAUUGCUUUUGCUUCCAUUAUGCUUAAUGCAUCUGAAAGAAGUAGCUGGAACCAUCACAUUAACAACUGAUAAUUCUUUGGUGAAAAUUGGCGAUGAGGUAGCAAUGACCUGCAUGGACACAGAGGAAGUGGCUAUUGAAAUAUACUUUGCUAAACAGCCUAUUGGAAACUGCAAUCUGUUUGGAGGGACUAUUUGUUCUGUUUUUGAACAAACACUAUAUUCAGUGUCGAUUGAUGAAUCUCCAGCAGGAUAUAACCUUAUAACGUUUACCAUUAAAAGUUUUGCUGUUAGCAAUUGUGGAGAAUACACUUGCUUCAAAAAAUCAGACCCCCGUGUUAAGGAUACAACAACAGUGGAGCAUAAAUUGUCCUAUGGAGAUAGUUGUGGAACAUGUGGACAAUGUUCUCCCUCUACCAGUAUGAGCUGCUACGGCCGUUCAACCUGCAAUUGCAACAAAGGUUACACAUAUAAAGACAAUGUUUGUAUUAUUGACCAAAGAUUGGAAUAUGCAUUGGGUGAUACUGCCAUAAUAAGUUGUAACAUUCCUGGACAAUUCUCAAAUCCACGCUGGGAUGAUGGCUCACAUAAUGUAUAUAUCGCUGAGGGACAGACAACCUUUAACAAUGAAACAACUAACUCUAGAUGGUCUCGGUCUGAGGACACAAAGACCCUCAUCAUUACUUCAAUUGAGGAUAGUGAUCCUAGAACAUACAGAUGUAGCAUCACAACACCAACUACAGACAGCUAUAUAGCAAUAGUGACAGUCAUCAUAGACCCCCCUGAGUGCGAAUGUGACUGUGAUAGGCAAACCAUUGUGUGGCUAGUCUUCUCCUGGAUUUUAAGUUUUUCAGCGUUUUACUGGACUAUAUUCGUAGUACUUGCUGGUAAGAAGGCUGAUUGUGAGAGCCCCUGCCAUGCGAUGUCCGAAGCUUCAAUUGAACUGAAAGAUGCAAACCACAAAGCAAUGGAUAGCAAUAGGUCUGAUACGGUGUCAAGGACUUAUAUAUUUCCAGAUAUAAAUGAGACAGUUUCAAAAAAGCCAUUAAGCUUUGUCAGAGGUAAAGAAAAAGAAAAAGAAGAAGAAAAAGAACAAGGAAGAGAGAGAACAAGAGAAGCUAGUGGUGAUCAUGAUGGUUCUCACUUAUUUGAAAAAUAAGUUGGAAAAUCUGCCUGCUGUGAUCAUCCGAUACACAAUUUUUAACAGAUAUAAUACUUUUAGAAUAUACAUGAUUCAUAAUAGGUAAUCAAAUAAGUGGCCCAUCCAGUUCUAAAAAUUAACAGUUUUCAUACAUAUUUACUGAAAAAUCUUAAAAUGAAUUGAAUAUGGGAAAAAUAUUUUAUUGAGAUAAAUAUAUAACAACAUCUUCUGCCUUCAAUUUUGUCCAUUAGAUAUGGCUGGCAUAAAAAAUGUAGGUAAACAUGAAAACCAUGCAAAUUAAAGAAUAUGUUCGCAUUAGUUUUCAUGUCUUAUUUUCAAUCUUGGAACAAUUUCAGAAGGAACAAAAUAUCAAUUUGAUGCCUACCGGUAUUGUCAAAUCUUGGAAUUUUGGCUUUGUUGCAUUUAUAUGGAAAAAAUGUAAAUUGUGUGACUUUUGAUGUCCGACCCUUACUCUUACCCAUAUCAAGAAUCUUUUUGAUGCUGUAAAUGCCUAAUGAAUUUUAUUUCACCCAUGUAUUAGGAUAGGUAAGAGUUUACAUUUUCCGUAAGUGUAUAUUGCUUGUUGCUUUGAAGUAUCUGUAUACAUGAAUCUUUUGCCAAGUAUGUUUAUUUAAAAUCACAUGUAAAACAUCAAGGUUAAGUAAAGAAAAGUUGACAAUUUAAGUGGCAUACUGAGAACUAAUUAUAUUGUGAUAUUUAAGACAAUAAAAAAGAGACAAAAGCCUAAUUAUGCAAAUUCCUUAUUGAUCGUAUUACACUGGCAGUCUAUUUUUUCAUAUUUGCAAAACAUCUCCUAAAUGCAUGGUAGCAUCUCCAGUAUAAAACAAAAUGUGGAGUCAUUAUGUAGAAUGUUUGUCUGGUCGCGUGAUUGUGUGGAAUUCCCCUAUUUGUUCAAGAACAGAGUAAUUGAUUAUGCAUAUGUAAUACCUGCAAUAUUCUCCGUCUCCGUGGCUUAGUGGUUAAGGCAUCCGCCUACGGAGCGGGAGGUCGUAGGUUCGAGUCUCACACGUGGCUUGUACUGACAUGGACGGUUGCUGACCCCGUAGCUAGUUAAAUCGAGGGGUACCGAUUGCCUUCCUGCCAGGCACCUGGCAUUUGGGAUAGGAAUCGGGGUUAAGAUGUUCACGAAUGUAGGUGUCUCAUAAGCCCAACAGGGCUGGCCCUUAACUAAGAGGGGUGACACUAUAAUAAACAAACACUUUACUUUGCUUUAAUUCUCCAACUGAUUGUCUGUUAAGGAUACUAGUGACUGAAUGAAGUGUAUACAAUAUAAUUAAGUAUUUAUUUCCUAUACAGACAUCAGUGCAUUUGAGAUUGUGUUGAGCAAGAGCAUUUUUUACCAAGAGCAUAAUAAUAAUUUUAAUCAUCCUAUAUACCGGUAGUUUAAUAGUGCCUCACGUUAUUUCUUUUGUUUGUACAUGUAAUGUUAUCUGUCAUUCAGAUCUAUCUAUAUGGUAGUCUAGUUAUUGUCUAGCCUUUGGUCGUUGUCUGUGGCAGCAUUAGCGCGUUAGUUUGCAACACGGGCAAGAUAUUCAAAUGGAACUUGAACCUGGUACAUAUGAUGCCCGAGACACUUUGCACAUGUAUGUCAAGACCCAUUACUCUGGCUUUAAUAAUUGUAGAGCUAUGAACCUUUCCAAUUGAAAAACAAUAUACAAGUUGGUUUUUUGCUUCCCUCUUCUUGCACUUGCUUUGUUCAACAUUGAACCAUCAUCGGUAAACAAGAUCGUAGAGGUCUGUAUGCUCAUUUCUUGCUGUACUUUCAAGUAUUACUACGUUUUAAAUAUCAUUUUUUUUGCCUAUAUGAUAUUUAUAAAUGAUGCCAUCAUAUACGGAUUGUAAUGCAUUGUUUUGUGCCAUACUUACUACAUACACUUGGUACACUAUAGUCCUCAAGUAAUGUAUAAAGGCAUGUUUCAUAAUUCAGAUUCUUCUGGAAUUACCUUAAGUGUGUUAUAAUAUAGUGAAUAAGUGACCAUGUUUUUAUGAUGAUGAUAAAUACCAUUGAUAGCUGCUGUACUUUCCUUAUUGAUGUAUGGAAGUCAUUUUUGACCACAUUCUGAAAAAAUACAGCUUUAACGAAUAUAUCUCACAAAUAGCGAUACUUACACUGGUCCAGAUAGACCAAUAAUUAUGUAUUCCUAACCUAAGUUUAUUAUCUUAAUUUCUUUUUUUCUUUUACAGCAAAAUCUGCGAUUAUAAAAACAUCUAACUGAACACAACCUUUUAGUUGUAGUUUUAAACUUUUUCCUAGAAGCAACGUUAUUUUUUAUAAUGAUUGAUCGUCAUACUUAAAAUAUGUUUUAUUUAUAUAAGAAAUUUGGUUUCUUCAUAUAACGUGUGUGCUAAAAACGGACGAAUGAAUAGUAUGUAUUCGGCCAUUUUCCAAAUGUCCAUUAGAGUUUCAGUUCAAGAUUGCAUUCAAAUGUGUUUAGGUGAUAAUUGAAGUGUUUGAUAAACAGUAUCCGUGCAGCAUACUUAUAAUUGACAGAAGUGAAACGCCAUAUUUUACUAGUGCAGUAAUAUCAUCUUAAUAGUGCAGUUUUAUCUGAUAUAAACAUGAUGUUUUAUGCUAAACACAAUAUAGUCAUGUUGUUAUGCACGGGAAGUUUAUUUAUUUUAAUUUUAACGUUACAUUUGUUGUAUUUGGUUAAGUUGCCCUGUUUAUUUCAUCGAUGAAGUAAUUUGAUAUACUUACAAUCAUAAGUAAAGUAUACAUUAGUUGUGAGGCAUAAAUUGUCAGGGCUUUUUCUAUAGUACCCACGGGUCCGACUAUCGGACCCAUUCCCAAAGCAAAAUGUAAGAUAUUUUUCCCAAUCUUCAGAAAAAAAUCCCAAUCAACAAUAAAAAAUAAAAAAAAUAUUUUAUUUUUUUUAAAAAAGUCU